AUGUCCACUCCGGGAGAACGAAAAUUUUCCCAGAAACUCAUGGGACUAGAGGCUUGCAACCUGCCCAUGGGCUACCAAAACGGAAAAGGACGAGGAUGGCGAUCUGUACUUGCACGUACGCUUGCAUUGGAAGCGGCCAUCGAAGAUCUGAUGCAAGCCAAGAAGAUUAAGUACGACGUCAUCGACGGACUGACCAAGACGAGACGACGUCACCCUCUCAACGCCGUAUAUGAAACUGGAGAAGAACUGUUCUAA